AUGGCCGCUAAGUCGGAUGGAGCAGCGGUGUCUGUGGAAGAUGACAACACGCCCAGGAGCCUCUCGGAGCCGGGGAUCCCCGCCGCCCGGUCCCGCUGCACCGCUGCUGGCGGGAAGCCCUACACCCUGCUGGACUGCUGCUGGGUGCUCUGCGCCCUACUCGUCUUCUUCUCCGACGGCGCGACAGACCUGUGGCUGGCCGCCGACUACUACCUGAGAGGUGACUACUGGUGGUUCGGCUUGACCCUCGUCUUCGUCGUGGUGCCCUCCGCCGUGGUCCAGGUUCUGAGUUUCAGGUGGUUCGUGUACGACUACACGGAGCUGAGCGGCGGGGACGGAGCGUCGAGCGGCAGCGGGACCGGCGCGGCUGCGGCAGGCGCGGCAGGCGGAGCGGCCACGCUCGACGACAACAGUUUAAGCACCAAGGACAGCGAACAGCGCGGUGGGAGCGCGGCGGCGCUGAACGCUGCCAAUGCUACCCCGGUUUACACGUCCUCUACUCCGCCAGCGACGGUGGGGAGAGUCGGGGCUCCGCCGAGGUGCUGCACCAUGUGCAUGUGGGUCUUUCAAACCGUGCUCCACGUCCUGCAGCUCGGCCAAGUGUGGAGGUACAUCCACGCCCUCUACCUGGGCGCCCAGAGCCGCUGGCACAGCAACGGGCCCCGCCGCCACUUCCACUGGCGGCUGAUGUUUGAGAGCGCCGACAUCACCAUGCUCCGCCUCCUGGAAGCUUUCCUGAAGUCGGCUCCACAGCUCGUCCUCCAGCUGAGCAUCAUGAUCCAUGGAAACAACGUUCUCCCUCUGCAGGGCCUCUCGGCCUCGGCCUCCCUCGUGUCCCUGGCCUGGAUGAUCGCCUCGUACCAGAAGGUUCUGCGGGACUCCCGUGACGACAAGCUGCCCAUGUCCUACAAGGCCGUGAUCACCCAGAUGCUGUGGCACUUCUUCACCAUCGGGGCGAGGACGGUGGCCUUCGCCCUCUUCGCCUCCGUCUUCCAGCUCUACUUUGGGAUUUUCAUCGUCAGCCACUGGUGCGUCAUGACCUUCUGGAUCAUCCAAGGUGAGACCGACUUCUGCAUGUCCAAGUGGGAGGAGAUCAUCUACAACAUGGUGGUCGGUAUCAUCUACAUCUUCUGCUGGUUCAACGUCAAAGAGGGCCCCAGCCGCUUUCGUAUGACCGUCUACUACUCCGUGACCCUGGCUGAAAACGUGGCUCUGACCGCCGCCUGGUACACGUACCGUGGACCGCACACCUCCGACUCCUACGCCCUGGUGGUGGUGUGCCUGGUGGCCUGCAGCUUUGCCCUGGGGACCUUCUUCAUGUUGGUCUACUACUGCUGGCUGCACCCGGACGGGCCCGUUCUGGGCUCGCAGUGGGGAGGGUGUGUGGAUGAGGGCAUGGUGGGUGCAGGGGGGGUAGUGGGAGUGAUUGAUGCUUGCCUCACCCCUUCUCAAGGAUCCCAAACAGACAUGGUCAUUACCAGCCCUCCAAGGACUCUCCCCAGGACUAAAGACACGGGGGAGCCUGUUCCAGGGGAGCGAGACAAAGACAGGGACAGGGACAGUUGCCUACCUGUCUUCCAGGUACGUCCCUCCCCUUCCUCCUCUCCUGCGCUCCUCCACAGGACCUCCUCGUCGUCCCGCUCGCAGGAGGGGCCGGUGAUCCGGAUAGACCUCCCUAGAAAGCGAUACCCUGCCUGGGAUGCGCACUUUAUCGACCGACGCCUCCGCAAAACCAUUCUGCUGCUCGAGACCACAUCAACCGUCAGCCCCAGGAUACAGUACCGGAGUAGCAUGAUGGGCAGCAAAGAGGUGUUAGAGUACGAGACCACGGUCUAAGCUAACAGACGCUCUGACACUGACUACGGUCUGAGACCAAGGCUCAGCCUCAGAGUCUUUCCCAGGACUCCCUAUUCCAGGAGAAGCAUGGAGAGGAGACCGAGUGUUGGUCGACUUCAUCUGAAAGGAAGUUGACAAAACUUGAUUGUAAAAUGUAAAGCGCAAUCCAGGACCAAGGCUCCCCCCUUAGGGUGCCGUCCAGGAGUACGUAGCAUGAAUGAGCCAUGGGGAGUAAACGGAGUACCACUAACCGGGAUCAUCUUCAUCUUUACAGAGGUUUGAGGGUGAGACAUUUACUCUGUCAUCAUGGGACCAAGGAGUUCUAGGUUUAGUUUCACACCGGGCAGUCGGGAGGAAGAGUUCAAGGAUUUAGGAGCAGUGAAGCGGUGGCGUUCAGGUCGGCUGCAUGAACUUGAGCCAUGGACCCGGGAGGCUCAGCAGAGACUGACCAGGGAAACACUAGGUUGCCAGAGUUUGCAGGGAUGUGCAAUCACAUAGAAAAACCAGUCUGAGUGAGUUCUGAAGUCCAAAAGAUGCUCUAAAUGUUUAAAUUUGGUUCAAAAGGAUGUCUAGAUAUGACUUUAGUACCUCUUAUAUGUUGUGUCUGCAGUACAGGGGGUUAUUUCAGUCAGGCUGGCUACACACUACACCAACCAUCAACAGAACCCUAGACCUGACACCUGCUGUCUGUAGUGAUGGUUUCACAGACAUGAGAUCUCACAGAAACUCAUGGGAUUAAACGAGACUCCAGAAGAAAGAAGCAAACAAACAAAAACAGGGAAAAUACAGCAGCUAAGAGGAAAGUACUGGAAUAUCGUUUUUAUGUUAGUGAGCCAUAAAAUUACCCAGCAUCCUGUUGGUGAUGCUACCCAGCCUGCUGGCUCUCAUCAUGGGUGAUAGGAGCGAUCCAGGACCCAACAAUGAUGGCCUUACCCCCCUUUUCUGGGUGAAAACAGUCCAUCAAAAUGAAUGGGGGUAAAUGGAAAAGACUCGGUCUUUCAUCAUUUAAAAGCUUAGAAUACAAAACUAGAGUUUAAAGUUAUAAAGAGCCUGAAUCCAGGAAGCAGUGAGUGCAACAUAAAAACGCUCACUUCUCCAAAUCAGGACUGUCAAACAUCAUAAAACAAACAGUGAAAGGUGAGUGACUCCUCAUCAAACUGGACAAACAGCCCCAUGUUUUCACCACACAUGUCAUUAACUGACCUGGCAUACUAAGGCUGGUAUGCUGAGUAGAGUGUGGCUAAAGUUAGCAGCUAGCUCCACCAGGCUUCAUUCCUCUUUGCGAAUAAUAUCAUUCUUACUGUGAUUCCUCAUCUCUUCCAUUUAGUAUUUAUAUUGAGUUUAACCCUCAACAGUCUACAUACAACUUUAUUCACAUUAUCUAGUUCUAAACACUGCCUUACGGUGCUGUUUCUAUGACACGCUAAAUGCUAGCUUCCCAUGUUUACAUCCAGAGAAGUUCUGGGGAAAGCUCAGGCAGGAAGACCUUUAACUGAAGCUACA